CACGUCAGCAGUGCCACGUCAGCAGUGCACGUCAGCAGUGCCAGGUCAGCAACCAUGACGGGACCAGCGCUGGGCUUACCAGGCCAACUGGCCAACGAGUCCAUCACCGAGUACCGACAGCGGGUCCAGGCUCAGCUCGCGCUCAUUCAGGUCGAGGAACAGCGCCAGGCGGCAGCCGAGGCAGCCCGCCUACAGGCUGAGGCGGCAGCGGCAGCUGAAAGGCUGCGGCUUCAGGCCGAAGCCGAGGCACACACCAGGGCACGCCGAAAGGAAGCCCAGGAGCUGCUGCAGCGCCAUGAAGCAGCCAGCAUCGAAAGGCUCAAGUACUGGCACUUUGAACCAAACGGCGACGAUCCGACACUGGAAGAGCAACACAAGGAGUUUCUCUCCAAACUCGUGUCACGCCUGUUGUAUACUUGCAACUACCAACGGGCCGAACUAGAGAAACAGCACCAAGAGUUGACAGACCUCCGCCGAAUAGUGCAGGGCCACGAGGAUGCAACACGGGCACUCAAUGCACAUGUACUGGACCUGGAACAGUUUGUACCAGGACCAGAUGCUGGUACGUCCAGCAGUGAACCCUCUAGCCGCCAACUGGAGGAACGCGUUGACCACGUAGUGGCGAUGCUCGGCGACAUCAGUGUUUUCGCUGCACCUACCACCAUCAGUAGUCAGCUGCACACCUUGAAGACCGAGGUCCAGCAGCUGCAGUCGACGAACUCGGAGGACAAUCCUAAGUUGUACAAGAUGCCAACCUUCCAACUCGAGAAGUUCGACGACUACACGCAUCAGGAUCCGGUCCUCUGGUGGGAAGCAUUCACGACGCAGCUUCGGAUCCUGCCAGUCGCCAAACACGCAUACAUCGGUGUCCUUUUCCUUAACUCAAAGGGCGCAUGCCAGACUUGGUUGACCCAUCUGGCAGCCACUCACGGCGUCGACAUGGGAGAUCUUCGAGACAAGAUCACAUGGGAGGAGUUGACACGGUUGUGGAAGAAGAGGUUCAUCGUCGACGACGCACCUGCCUUCGCCAUCAACCGCCUCUUCACCAUGACCCAAGGCAACACGGCAACACGAGACUGGCUCACGGAAUGGCAAAAGAUCGCGGCAACGUCGGAUCUGGACUUGCCAUUUACGCAUCUGCGCCGAGAGUUCUACAAUAGGUCAUGUGCUGCACUGAGCCAGGCACUUGAUGAUCACGAGCAGUACUGAACCUUCGCUGAGAUCAUCGACAAAGC